AUGCCAAAGGUUAGAGUCUUGUUCGUUGACUGCCACCCGAAACGCCCACAAAAGGAUCGCGAGCUGAACGAGGCCGAACGCAGGGCCCAUGCCGCCCGCGAGACACACCGCAAAAGGCAGGCUCAGAGGGACAGAGAUCAGCCACGCCGUAUCACAUCCCCAACCAGUCAAUCCAUCCUCUACAAGCCAGACCCCUUCGAGACGGCCUCGGUCAAAAUCGACAAUGCCGUAGCUGGCUUACUCCACUACUAUGUCUACUUUUAUCAUCCCACUAUAUGGCCUAAUGAAAUGACAGUCCUUCGUCAGGGGCUGUACACGUUCAAAAGUGCCGUCAACUGCAUCAUGCGGACAGUUGUCGAGGACAGGCUCACUAUGUACUGUCUGCUAAGCGCCGCUGCGUCUCGACUCCAGUUUAUUGAUCGCCUUCCCUGCUCACAGGUGGUCGGGAAAGAGGGCUACUACAUGCGCAACGCGCUUCAAUUAUUGCGCUCCCGGAUUGACGUGACUUCUUUCCAGACGUCCGAACAGCUAAGACAGUUACUGAUUUGCAUCAUGUUUUUGACGUCAGCCGAGUGCUACCGCGACGAUGUGUCAGCAGCGAAAACACACCUGCAGGCUGCUGUCGACCUCCUCGAACGGAAAGGCGGGCUCAGGGCCAUAGAGGACGAGAACUUGCGGGGCCAGCUCGCGAUGGCUGAUCUCUAUCUCGCCUGUGUCAAGCUCAAGCCUUGUCUGUUCGAAUGUGACUACGACCCGGGCCCAGCUAGCGUUCUCGAUUUGAAGAAUCACGAAUUGUCCUCUGUACGGAGCGAGGGCACAGCAAUUUCCCUGCUGGACAGAGACACCGCCAUGGUGCCAUCGGGCCUGAGAGCAGUGAUCGAGCAGUUGGUUCAGUCGUACAGCGUCAAGAGUCGCCUACACAUCUCUUCAAUGUCGGCGUCACGAGCUAUGCAAGUCACCCACUGGAUCACCACACGCAACAUGGCAAUCAGAAACAGGCUGCUGGCACUGACAACGCAAGAUGCUAGAGUUCACGCUCUAAGGACGGCAAUCAUCAUGUGGACCCUACUUGCGAUGAACGUGACGGGGCGCGCAAAAACCGUCAAGGUGAUGGCGCCAAUGCUGAAGGCGAUACUGUCGCAAAUACCAAAUUGUGGCUGGGCCGGCGGCGAAGACAUCAGGUUAUGGAUCCUGCUCGUUGGGUUCUCAUGCGCAGCCGAGGCCAGCGACGUGUCAGAGUGGUACGCGGAGCAAUGCUAUGGCUUUGCUAACAGCUGGCUUAGAGGCUGGACGGACCUGACUCAAGACUGGAACGAGGGCCGUCUUGCAGAGAGGCUGGAGGACUUCCAGCGGGGCUUCUUCUUCGACGCGCCUGUGCAGAGACCUCGGACGCAAAAACUCGUCAAGCGUUUGGAACUCAAAACACUCGAGAACAAUGCAUCAACAAGGUCAUGA